UACAUCAUUACAGCCCAUUUUUGAACUUAUCAGGACGAGCUUUUGGACAGUGUGUCAUAGGCACUGCUUAUCACUUAAAACAAAAGUUGGCAAUCGAACAGGCACAAAAGGGAAAACUGGCUCAUUGAGCGUUAUCAGGUUGAGCGGCUGUGUUUUAGCUCGCUUCACGGGGUGUUCUUCAGUUUGGUGCGAUUAUGGCAAGUGAUUGGUUGUCGAAAAGUGACAGUGCGGAUGCAUUGCAUAAUGCAAACAACAUUUCCAGGAAAACGAUCGACUCGAUCGGUCGAUCGUUGCAACACUUCGAUUGGCCAGACUAUGUUGUGUUCGUGUGGAUGUUGGUGAGCUGCAUCAUGGUAGGAAUAUUCUUCGGGUACAGGAAUUACCAAAAACACCGCAACGAUUCACAAGCGACCGGUAACGAAACGGAAGCUCAAGAUUAUCUAGUUGGGAGCAGAAAGAUGCAGAUUUUCCCCGUCGCCGUUUCGCUGGUGGCAAGCUGGGUUUCAGGUGUUCCAAUGCUGGGGACUGCCACUGAAAUUUACCUGUACGGCACACAGUUCUGUUACAUCGUGAUCUCAAUGGUGCUGGCAGGUGUUCUAAUGCACUACCUGUUCCUGCCAGUAUUUCACGAGCUGCGGAUAACGUCUACGUUUGAGUAUCUUCAACUACGCUUUGAUUCGCGGAUGAGACUGCUUGGUUCGAUUCUUUUCACAUUGGCUUGCCUGCUUUGGAUGCCAAUUGUAAUCUACGUUCCUGCUUUGGCGUUUAACCAAGUGACUGGGUUGAGCGUUCACAUAAUUACACCGGUCGUUUGCAUAAUUUGCAUGUUUUACACCAGCAUUGGUGGCCUAAAAGCAGUUGUUUGGACGGAUGUGAUACAGUCUGGAGUGACACUGUUAGCUUUGCUGGCUGUGCUGAUCAAAGGAACGUACGAUGUCGGAGGACUAGAGGAAGUUUUGAACCGAAACAUUGCUGGCGAACGACUGGAAGCUCCUAACCUCGAUCCGAAUCCAACGCUACGCCACUCGUUCUGGAUCAUGUUAUUUGGAGCACCAGUGUGGGUAUGUGAAGGUAUAGCCUGCAGUCAGGAUAUGGUUCAGCGGUUCUUGUCUCUGCCUACUCUGAAAGACGCUCGAAAGGCGUUGAAGGGGUUUGUGGUUGGAUGGAUAGGUGUAAAUGUGAUAUUCUUCAUGCUCGGAAUGCUUGUCUACGCUACGUACUAUCGGUGUGAUCCUCUGACGACACAGUUGGCCAGAGCGAAGGAUCAACUGUUGCCCCUGUUUGUGAUGGAGACAUUUGCAGCGUAUCCGGGCAUGACGGGAGUGUUCGUGGCAGGCAUCUUCAGUGCAGCUCUUAGCUCGCUGUCAUCGGCAUUGAACGCUCUGUCUGCUAUUACGCUGGAGGACUUUUUCAAGCCAUACAGCAAGAAACCCUUGACAGAAACGCAGAUUCGUUAUAUUAUGCGGAGCUCAGUGUUGGUAUACGGAGCGAUAUCCGUGUUACUAUCGAUGUUGGUGGAGCAUCUGGGCACGGUGAUGCAGCUAGCAAUGACGUUAAGCUCCGCUUCAGCCGCGCCAUUGCUUGGGAUGUUUGUUAUGGGCAUUUUGAUGCCUUGGGUCAAUGGGACGGGAGCUCUGUAUGGUGGCAUUCUAGGAAUGGUUACAAUGUUCUACAUGUGCUAUAAUGCACAAUAUUCGAUAGCUUCGGGCAGAAGGACGUUCGACGUGAAACCUGUAUCGGUGGACGACUGUUCUUAUGAGUUUGCUUACAAUUCAACCCUUACCGAGACCAAGCAAGGCGAGCAAGAGCUGGAGCAGAUAGGAAAGUCCAUCUAUCACAUAUCUUAUAUGUACUUUACGCUAUUCGGUAUGAUUGUGACUUGCCUAGCAGGGACAGUUGUGAGUUUGCUUUCGAAUGCACGUGGCAGAGGGCGUCAUGGAACCAUUGAUCCGAAGCUACUAGCGCCGUGCAUCAGAAGCACGCAGUCUACGGGAAAAACUCGUACAGUACAAGCGAUAGAUAUCAGGCGAACUGCGAUAAACGAAGCUAUUGCCGAAGGAUUGUAAUAUAGGUAGAGUUCUUCCGCUGCAUCUAUACAUGUAAUACAUAUCGCUGUCGGAUGUCUUAUAGUUGUAAUAUUUUGUAGGCGUCAGUUUGUAGCGUGGUAAGUACGAACGGUUUAUUAUCUAAAGAUGAGAGUUGUAUGCUAAGCUUACAGCGAACUACGCAUCCGUGCGUUUAAAAUUAGAAAGCGGCUAACCUGUGGCGAGUUGAAGGCCUAAACGAAGAUAUCAACAUGAUACAUCUUUUCGAUUUCCCCA